AUGGUGAAAAACCAAUCACAGAGCAUUGUCUUUUCUUCCCAGGGCCGCCCUUGUAGCUUGGAUGCAAAGGUCAUUGGGAGUCCCCUGCAAGAGCUGGAAGGCCUCAGGCUACAGCAUCACUUAGUGACUGAGCAGCUGAAGGACCUGUUCAGACAGAGGCAACAGCAGCAAGCAGGAGCCGGGGAGCAUCAUGAUGGGGGGCUCAAGGAAAAGAGCUCGGGAGCAUCUCAAAAUGUUCCAGGACUGCUGACCACUGCAAAUGAAUCCCUCGGGCUUCCAGAAGAAAGCCAUUUGGAAUUUGGGGGUGCACCCGGAAGUGAGGAAGCAGCCCAGAGCCUUCAGCAGCAGCUGAAAGCAAAAACCGAGAUGAUUUCUGCCAUGGCCUGUGAAAUUCAAGCUUUGAAAGAGAAGAAUGAGAACUUAAUGAAAGCCAAACUGAGGUUCCAGCAACAGAUCCAGCAGAUCCACCAGCUUCCAAAGCAACCACCAGAAAAGAGUCAUCAUCGUGAGCUGCGGGCUCCCAGACUCUCCAUUAGCCCCCCCAGACUCUCCAUUAGCCCCAGAGAGGAUUUGCAAAGUGCUCACUGCAAUGAGAAUUUGGGGCUUUCUCCACCGGGGGAUGAGGCUCCAUUCUCUUCCCACAGGAGCAGGGAAACCCAGCAGGCAGCUGUACAGGAGCAGUGUCUUCAGGCCUGCCCUGAGGAUGAGCAGAGUGGCACCUCUUCAAACCCCAGGAUGGCACAAAUGGGCCCCACGCCCCUCCCUUCUGCUGCAUCUCAUCAACCACCUGGGAGCCUCUCUGAUACGUCUUCACCAUCCAACCAGCUUUUAUUAGCCCCCGUGGCUUCUCCAAAAGGCCCCCUGAGCCAUGCUGAGGGUGAGGGGGCUUUGCUCAGCCCCUGCAGCUCAGGGCUUUUGUCCCCCAAGCCUUUUGGGGCCCCAAGACCAUGGUCCCCUUUCCGAGAAAGUGCUGAAUCGCCAGAGAACAGAAGAGAACUGUAG